UCCGAGAAAAUUUGGGCCCUGUGGACCGUCUAUGACGCAGCCGGCGGGUCCCAGGGUCCGAUCGGGAUUGAUUGGUUUGUCAGCGGAACGAAAUGCGUUGCGGCAAUGUUCGGCUCUCUCCGCAGCAUCGGCAUUUUAUUAGCUUCUAACUAAUCCUUCAACUUCUCACUCAGCACUCAGAUCUGGACCUGGCAUACACGAUGCCGCCAAACAAGCUAUUACGAGGCUUCUCGCCUCGAAUUCCCAAAUUUCCUCGACCAUUCAACCAACCCGCAACAUGUUUCCGGGUACCACAGACAGUGGUUAGACAAACACACAACGGUGCGGGCCGUCUCCCAUCCAGCGCAUCCGGGCUCCGGCCUCGCCUACAACAAGCUCAGCGGCCAUGGACUCUCCUCCCCAGGACCUCGCGCCGCACGAUCUUCAUCCAGACCGAAAACACCCCGAACCCGGACGCGCUCAAGUUCCUACCCAACCAUCGCAUCCUCCCGGAGGGCAUAACCUCGCCCUUCAUCGAGUACCUCUCCCCGCGCUCGACCAUAUCCCCUCCGUACCCUUCGCCCCUCGCCGCGCAGCUCAUGAACAUCGACGGCGUCACCGCCGUCUUCUACGGCGCCGAUUUCAUCACCGUCACCAAGGCCGCCGACGCCAACUGGGCGCACAUCCGGCCCGAGGUGUUCUCGCUCAUCACCGAGGCGAUCACGUCGGGCCAGACCAUCGUCAACGUGGUGGAGCGCAAGGAGGGCGAGGCAGAACGGGAUAGCUUGAGCUACGACGAGAACGAUAGCGAGGUGGUGGGGAUGAUCAAGGAGUUGCUGGAGACGCGGGUGCGGCCGGCGAUUCAGGAGGACGGCGGGGAUAUUGAGUUCAGGGGGUUUGAGGAAGGGUACGUCAAGCUGAAGUUGAGGGGCGCCUGCCGGACGUGUGACUCCAGCACGGUGACGUUGAAGAAUGGCAUCGAGGGCAUGCUGAUGCACUAUAUCGAAGAGGUGAAGGGCGUCCAUCAAGUCCUGGAUCAGGAGGAAGAGAUUGCGAUGAGAGAGUUCGCCAAGUUUGAGGAGAAGCUGAAGGCACAGAAGGGUGAAGUCCCCCCUUCCACUGUAGGGAAGGACUCGCUGGAUUCUGUUCCUGGGUAAAUCCGGCCCUGAGGCAGCCUUAGAGAACAUCCCCCGGCAUUUGGCGACGAUAGAGGUCAUAUAUACAGUAAGAGAAUCCAUCGUACACCCUUGCUGUUGGGUACCUCACUUAUGCACCAAGAUAACAUGUGUCUUGUGCUAUUCUGAUGGCUAUAUGCUUAAUGUGGAAGGGUUACA